AUGGGUCUCUUCAAGCGCAAAGACUCUAAGAACUCGAUUCAAAGCGAGAAGGAGGAUUUCGACUCGACCGUAACCGUCAACAGUGCUCGUACCUCCAAUGCAUCAUUGAGAUCGCCCGGUUAUAAAGGAAGUGGGCUGCCUGCCUCCAUCCCAGAACUACCCAUUGCCAAACCACCUGAUCCGGCCCUCGAUCCAGCGGCCUACCUGCGGAGUAUCCAUGCUGUCCGCGAGCGCUGCAGCCUUGUUUUGAACAAGGCCAAGAGAAAUAGACUCAACCACUUCGAUGUGGAUAUGGGCAAAUUCAUGGCCACUGCAUCUUACAUUGUCUCCAUUAUCAAGCCAGUCCAUCUAUUCCCGCUCAGGUUUGCUAAUCAAAGCUAUCGUUUGCAGAGAGAUUAUGGCCCGGACUACGACUCCAUUCCCCCUCAUGGCCGUUGGCAACACUUCGACGUGGGUGGACGACCCCGCGUUAACCAAUUGCUCCAGUCCUGGCCCAGUACCAUUGAUGCGCAAGAGCGCACCCGGCGAUUGAUCGACCUUUUCGUUGUUUCCGUCCUUCUCGAUGCUGGUGCAGGUACCAGGUGGUCAUACAAGUCGAAGGAGUCCGGCAAGAUCUAUUCGCGGAGCGAAGGUCUGGCCGUGGCAACCUUGGAAAUGUUUAAGAGUGGUUUGUUCAGCAGCGAUCCGACGGAGCCUUGUCAAGUGGAUGGGGCAGGCCUGAAGAAGAUCACGGUCGAAGUACUGGCAAAGGGAAUGCAACACUCCGAAACCAACCCCUUGGCGGGAAUUGAAGGCCGAGCUGGUCUUCUGAUCCGACUUUCCGAGGCCUUGAACAACCAAGAUUUCUUUGGGGUAGAUGCUAGGCCAGGCAACAUGCUCGACUACCUCCUUUCUCAUCCGUCUACACUUGCUUCAUCGGUUCCAAUUGUGCCUAUCACCACGCUCUGGAGUGUUCUUAUGGACGGAUUGUCUCCGAUCUGGCCGCCCUCCCGCACACAGAUUGAUGGGCUAUCUAUCGGAGACGCCUGGCCGUGCUCCGAUCUCCCCAAGUCUCCCCCUGCGAAACCCUGGGAGAGCAUCGUCCCAUUCCACAAGCUUACGCAGUGGCUGUGCUACUCUAUCAUGGUGCCCAUGUCGAAACUGAUGAAGAUCCAUUUCGCCGGCAGUGAACUGCUCACGGGUCUACCCGAAUACCGGAACGGUGGUUUGCUGAUUGACAUGGGUCUGUUGACUCUGAAGGAACACGAUUUGGAGCGGGGUAUCGCCGCCUACAAGGAGAAUGCGCAGAUCAAGGGCCAACCCAACGUGGAAGUUGUACCACUCUUCUCCACGGAUGACGACGUUGUUGUUGAAUGGCGGGCUGUAACCGUUGGGUUCCUGGAUGAGCUACUGGAUGAAGUGAACGGUCAGCUUGGACUGACGGGAGACGAUCAGUUGACCCUUGCACAGAUGCUUGAGGCUGGAUCCUGGAAGGGUGGCCGUGAGAUUGCCGAAGUGUCGAGACCCAACACGAAAGAACCUCCGAUCAUGAUCCGUUCCGAUGGCACUGUUUUCUAA